CUAUUUCUCAAUUUGUGGCCAAGAAACCACUCAAGACUCCAUUUUUCCUCACCAAAAUAUCAUAGCAUAUCUCCCAUGGCCCUCCAGGCUGCUGCCCUUCUCCCUGCUUUGUCCAUUCCCAAAGAGGGGAAAACCAGUGCAACUCUCAAGGAUUCAAGCUUGUUUGGAGUCUCUCUGUUGGACCACUCUAAACCUGAUUUCAGCUCCUCUGCUCUUAAAAUCAAGGGGGCAAGAAAGGUAUCCAAUGGGGUUGUGAAAGCUGAGACAAUGGUGGCAACUCCGGGUGUCACCGGAGCCCAAGUUUCCGGCAAGAAAACGCUGAGAAAGGGCACUGUUGUGGUCACCGGCGCAUCUUCCGGGUUAGGGCUGGCGACGGCGAAAGCGCUGGCGGAGACCGGAAAAUGGCACGUGAUUAUGGCCUGCCGGGACUUCUUGAAGGCGGAGAGAGCGGCAAAAUCAGUGGGCAUGCGCAAGGAGGAUUUCACCAUAAUGCAUUUGGACCUUGCUUCCCUCGACAGCGUCCGGCAAUUCGUCGACAACUUCCGGCGCUCCGGCCGCCCCCUUGAUGUUCUGGUCUGCAAUGCCGCUGUCUACUUGCCCACUGCUAAAGAACCCACUUUUACAGCUGAAGGGUUUGAGUUGAGUGUGGGCACUAACCAUCUUGGCCACUUUUUGCUUUCAAGAUUGCUUCUUGAUGAUCUGAAACAAUCUGAUUACCCUUCCAAGAGACUCAUCAUUGUUGGCUCAAUCACAGGGAAUACAAAUACGUUGGCCGGAAAUGUACCACCGAAGGCACACCUGGGGGACAUGAGGGGUCUAGCCGGAGGACUGAGCGGGCACCACAGCUCGGCCAUGAUCGACGGCGGGGCGUUCGACGGCGCGAAGGCGUACAAGGACAGCAAGGUGUGCAACAUGCUGACAAUGCAAGAAUUCCACCGGCGUUUCCACGAGGACACCGGCAUCACCUUCGCCUCCCUGUACCCGGGCUGCAUCGCCACCACGGGGCUGUUCCGGGAGCACAUCCCCUUGUUCCGCCUGCUCUUCCCGCCGUUCCAGAGGUUCAUCACGAAAGGAUUCGUGUCGGAGGACGAGGCCGGAAAGCGGCUGGCGCAGGUGGUCAGCGACCCCAGCUUGACCAAGUCCGGCGUCUACUGGAGCUGGAACAAAGACUCGGCUUCUUUCGAGAACCAGCUGUCUCAAGAAGCCAGUGAUGCCGACAAGGCUCGCAAGGUGUGGGACCUCAGCGAGAAACUCGUCGGCUUGGCUUAAGCGGCUCAUUCCAUUUCCCCCCAUUCCAUUUUUUCCAUAUGAGUGAGAUUGUAACAUGCCAUUGCCCACUAGCUUGUAAAAUUGAAAAUGACCCCCCAAAAAAAAUCUUGUAGAAUUCAAGAAUUUGUCAAUAAAAUCACUUGUCAUUCCUUCU